AUGCCAGCAAAUCCUUUUGCUGAUAAGAUUAAUGGGGAUGACAGUAAUAGUGACACAGAGGCCCAAAAUAUCAAAAUUUCAGACUAUAAUGAUAUUUUCAAGCAAGUUGAGAAGGAUUUGGGAGUGAAAUAUUCAGGUAAUGGCAGUUCAGAGGAAAUUACUAAUUCUAGCCAAACAAGGGAGAAAAUUUCAUUCCCUUUAGUCCCAGGCCAAGCAGUUGCUACCUUAGAAGAACUUGUUGUAGAUCUAGAAAAGGCAAGGUCUUCUAAGAAUCAUAAACUUAUUGUUUCUCUUUGAUCUACUUGUUCAAAGAAAGUCACGGAUCCGGGAGAAAAAGUGAGAUAUCUGUCUGAGAAGUUCAGGUCUCUUGAAGCUCUAGAUCUUCCCAAGCUUUGUGAAGAGACUGCUAAUGAGAUUCUCAAAUAUGAGCCUCAAAAUGUGCAGUUCAAGUUUUACCAAACCAAGCUUCUUAUCAAGAACAGCAAGAAUAUUUGGGAUAGUCAGAUAGAGUACUUAAGAGCACGAUGCCUAAUUGAGAAAGAGUUAGCUCGUUAUCCAGAAGACUACGAUUUAAACAAAUUCCUUGGAGAGCUAGAACAAAUUUACUACUCUCUCAAGAUCAAGAUUGAGCAGAAGAAAGUCUCCUCCAAGAGCUACAUGCAGAUAGGAGGUAGUAACAUAAACUGUACAGUUGGAAUUGGAACUGAUGAAAGUACCAAAGAGAAGUAUAUUACUCUAGAUGAGUUAUACUCAAAGAAGAUUUCUUCCAUUGCUACAGGGGACUUCCACACCCUGAUCAUCUGUGAAAAUCUUGGAGAGAAAGAUGGGAAUGACAAAAUUAACACUAAUGUAGGGGAUACUGAUAUCAUAGCCUUUGGUCUGAACCAACAUGGGCAAGUCAACUCAGUGCCGUCUGAGGAAUCUGUAAAAACUCCUAAGAUUGUACCAUUCUUUAUAGGAAAGAAGCCACAACUUGUCUCUGCUUGCAGAUCAAGAUCAGUAGCUCUUGUAGACAAUGGGAAGGUAUAUGAGUGGGGCUUCUUAGGAUCCGAGAAGAAACAGUUCAAUAUCCUUUAUGAUUUUUACUCAGAAGACUCUAUCCUUGACUCUGAAGAUGAAAUCAUUGACAUCAAAUGAGGCCUUGAGUACACUCUGUUCCUUUCUAAAGAAGGAAAAGUCUAUAUCAUCGGCACAAUUAGCCAAAUGGGAGAGUUCGUCUUUGAAAGUGGAGAGCUCAUUAGUCUUAAUGAGGAGUUUUGCAAAUCUGGAAUUCUGGAUUACGCUCCUUCCUUUGCGAAAGACUUCAUUAAAUCUCAAAUGAAAGAGAGAGGAGAGGAAGAAGAAAAUAAACAAAUCCUUAUCAGGAAAAUGGAUGCUGGAUAUUCACACUGUAUGUUUCUUGAUUCUCAAGGAAUUGUCUAUGUCUUUGGAGCAGGUCAUUUCGGACAGCUUGGUCUUGGAUUUGACGAUAUUAAAGCGAAGAGACCUGCAAUUUUGGAAGAGCUAAAUGACGGGCUUGAUAAAAUUGUCAAUAUUUCUUGUGGUGCAAAUUGUUGAGUAGCAUACACUGAAUUAGGAUUACUAUAUAGCUGGGGAAUGCUUAAUGAUGGAGAUCCAGACACGAUUAAUUAUUUUCCUACCAUCCUCGGAGUACCUGAAAAUACAACAUUGUCACACAUAAAUGCUCAAUCUCGAGAAAUUAUGGCUUGUGAUGUGCAUGGAGAUCUUUACCAUUGAGAUUUAGAGUUCAGAAGAAGAUUAGAAAAUGUUGAUAAGGACAAAUUUCUUGACAAAAAUAACAGGGAUUUCUUCAUCAGGAAGGUAUUCUGUGGAAGAAGUAUGAGGAUUCUCCUAGACUCACUUCUCAGUCCUGAAAAAUCCAUUGUCUGACAAAAAGUUGAGACAAUGGAGACACUUAUCGAAAAUGAAAUUAUAAUAGAACUUUCUGACAUCUUAAGCGAACCAUUUUCCAUUUCUUCGGAACAAAAGUUUGAAAUUUUUAGCAAAAUCAGAAUUUUAUUUACCCAGUCAAAGAGUUUUAAUCUCUCAAACUUUAAGAUUUCUGAAUAUAAUCCUGAGAAAAAAGAGGAACCAAAGAAGCCAAAAUUUAAAAGAAAGAUACCAAGAGAGGAUGACGAAGAGGAAGAAAAGAUUAUCACCACUAAAGCUGCUAAAACAACGACUAAUUUCAAUACGAAGAAAAAGAAGCCAGUUGGUGGGACUAAGGCUAAGAAGCCUAAGGCUCCUGUAAAGCCAGGCAAGCCAAAGACCUCUAAAGUUGCUAAAAGACCUGAGACUACAAAGGCCAGGGAGAAGCCUAAGGUUCAAAAAGAUGAUACAGUUGAAGAGGAGAAACUUGAAGAUCCUAUUGAUGUUAAAGAAGAACUCCUGUUUCUUCAAGGUUCAGUGAAUAUAGUCAAAUUCAAGACUUAUUAUGAAAUCGAUAAUGAAUUCCCGAGUAAAAUCUCGCUAAAAAUCCUGCCUCAGAAUGGUGAUGAGUACGAGAAUGUGUACUGAAGAAUCUUCGUGGACUCAAUUGAGGUUAAAAAAUCAAAUUUCCAGUUGCAAAUAGUCAAGUCCCAGCUGCAUCUAGAUUUAGAAGCAGAGAACGAAAGACUCCGAGAACGUGAGCUUAAAAUCCAAGAACAAAGAAGACUCGACAAACUGAAAGAACUCGAAGAAAAGGAGAGGAAAAGGAAGGAAAAGGAGGAAGAAAGACUCAGACAACAAAAACUCAAAGAAGAAGCAGCAAAAAGACGGAAGGAAGAAACUAUGAAGAGAGCCCAAGAGGCUCUUAUUAAGGCCAAGGAAGCCAGAGAGAAAGAACUCCAACUGAAGGAAGAGGAGAGAAAGAUGAGGAAAGAAAUGAGAACAGGCGGUGGGUUUAAUAUGGCUUUACAUAGAGCAAAACUUGAAGAAGCCAAAAAGGAAGAACCUUAA